UUCGCUGAUAAACCGGAAAUCGUGCCGAAAUUCUGUCGCUGUAAAUGUUUUAUUUUGGUGAGAAAGUAAAAAGAGGGUUUUAUUAACAUUUUUCCAAUGAGGAUAAAUCUGAGGCGAUGUCGGGCAGUAAUGUAAUCGGACCCGCGCUGCCACCGGGACUGAGAGAGAACAGGAGUGAUGAAUCAGAUGAAGAGGACAGAAUCAUAGGUCCAGCGCUGCCUCCUCUGUAUAAACCCGUCGAAUCCACCAGUUCAUCAGAAGACAGCGAUCAGGAGGUCGUGUUCAAGAGAGCCAAAUACUCGGGAUCUGGAGACGGUCCGUCACCAAACAGAUCUCGCAGAGAGGAACAAGCAGCUAGAAAACCAAGCGUGGAAGAUGAUGAUGGCUUCUUUGGUCCAGCUCUGCCUCCUGGAUAUAAAAAGAAAGAGAGCUCACCUGAACGGCCACCGGUGCUAGGACCUGCGCUGCCUCCGGGCUUUGAAAGACAGGAUCAUGACGAGGAUGCAGAGGAGGAUGAUGGGGCCAUAGGGCCAGCACUACCACCAGGCUACACAGCAGACUCUUCUAGCAGUGAAGGAGAGGAUGAUGCAGUCGUUGGACCCAUGCCAGCAAAAGAUGCAGCUGAGAGCUCUGUGGCGUUAGACUUUGAGAGAAGGGCGAAGAGGAUGAAGGACAAACUCAUGGGGCUGGAUAAUGAACCUGAAGAGCUGAAGAGGGAGAGCUGGAUGACCGAGCUGCCGCCCGAGCUGCAACACAUUGGGCUGGGCGCACGCACCUUCAAGAAGAGAUCCGGCCCUGAGGAUAAAGACCGGUCUAUCUGGACAGACACGCCUGCAGACCGCGAGCGCAAAGCCAGGGAACGACAAGAAGCAAAAGAGAAGGGUCUGCCAGCCAAAGAAGAAGGCCCUCGUCUCUCUCAGAAAGACCUAGACAUGGCUGAAAAAGUGUCCAAGUACAAUGAGUCUAAGAGAGGUGAAUCUCUCCUGAGCAUGCAUACUAAGAAAAUGAAGAGGAAGGCUGAGGAGGACUCCAAACAGCCAGUGGAGAGGAGGCCCUUUGACAGAGACGCUGACCUGCAGGUCAACCGCUUCGACGAGGCUCAGAAGAAAGCUUUGCUGAAGAAGUCUCAGGAGCUGAACACUCGCUUUUCACACAGUAAGGACCGGAUGUUCCUCUGAGGAGGAACCGUCAUAGAGAUGUUGACAAGGAGUGUUUAAAGGGUCAACCAAACCAGUGCGAACUAUUGUGUCUGUCAUUGAUUGGUCCUUAAUUAGCACUGUUUAUUUGAACUACCCAUUUAAAGAUUAGCCAGUUAGUGCUAAUUACUGUGGGUACUGAGGAUGGAAAGGUAACAUCAGCUUUCAUUUAUUAUGAGCACUGUUUGGUAAGCUAGCCCUCUGAAAACAGAGCUGUGCUUAAGGGUAAGCUAAAUAGUACUAGCUAAUGUUGCUAUAGCUUGCUGAAAGCCAGCAACAUUCUUUCAUUAGUCAAAUAGUGCUUUCUUUAGCUUUCAUUGGCCAAACAGUGCUAAUGUAAAAUGAUGUAAAUAUCAUGUAUCAUCUCAGCAGUUUUAGAUUCAUGAUUUAAUGCUCAUGUCUAAUAUUCAUGCUCGAAUAUUGAGACGUGCAAAGAAAUGAACAAUAUGAAAGAAAAUAUUCAUACUGCAAGUUGUUGGUGGUGAUGCUAUAAAAUUGUACAGGAAUAUUUUCUGUGUUGUUUUGGUGUUUUGAGAAUAUGAAGUUGAUUUGUAACCCUUUUUUAAGUGAUUUAAAAUGUGAUUCCAAACAUUCUUUUGUGUUUAUCUUAUGUUGUAGUUUUUCAUACCCUGUUUGUCACCGUCUGACUUGGAAUAAAGAAACAUUUCAACAUAU